AUGAUAAGCAUUAAUCAAAUACAUAAGGAUGAAAUACAUUUGGAAUAUAAAAUUGAACUCUUAGGAAAGGAUGGAAAAAUUCGAAAGCGUGAACUGACUUUACUACAACCAACAAUCAUACAUUUACAACCAACUAAAAACGAUGAGAAAUAUCAUCAACCAAAAAAUAAGUUAAGUUUAUACGUUUGUGAUGGAUGUCUACUCCUGAUCAGAAUGAUAAAGUUAACACUGGGUGAUAAAAAUAUCUCCACGGAUAUUGUACACGAAGAAACUCAAAUUUAUGGUAGUGGUAAUGUUAACAUCAACAACGAACCAAAAGCUCUCAGCAAUAUAAAGGAAAGAAGUAAAACAAACGAGGUUUGGAAAUUUUGUGAUCCAACUUCCGCAAAAUGCUUUAAUAAGAUAAUACUUACAAAAAAUGGGAAUUAUAAAUUAAUGGAUUUGAUCGAAUUAAGAUGCAAAGAAAGUAGCAAAAAGCCAAAUAAAAAAUUAAUUCCAACUUCUGAUGAACACCACAACAAGAAAAACAUGAAGUCAAAUGAAGGUGAAAUUUGCGACUUCAAUCAGUUAAUUGGUUAUGGUGAAGGAUUGCUAACCAUCGAAACUGCUUUGGAAUUGUCGACAGUAACGAAAUUAAAGUGUUUGAAUUAUACCUGUUAUUAUCCAUCAUCACGAUUGUCAAGAGAACAACCAAAAGUUACAGAAGUAAAACAAAUAAAUAUGAAAAUUUCCAAACGAGAUGAUAAAUCCCCUCCGAAUUCUGGAUUGAGUGAUACAUCAGCUGGUGGUGGUAGCGAAUCAGAAAAUGAUCAUUUACGAUAUCAUUCUGCUAGUCAUAAUUCCAGGAUCAAUUUUGAUUUUAAUAGUAAUAAAGAUAUUCAUGAAAGUUCGCCACCCACUGCUGUUUGUAAAGUUUCAUUGGCAAAUACUACUGCUUCACUUACAAAUGAUUUGCAUCAUUCGCAUGGAUAUUCGGAUGACAUCUGUUGCCCAAAAUCAGCUAACAUCUGGAGGAAAUCAUCUGGAGUUUUACUACCACCGAAGCUGUCAGACAUUACGACAACAAAAAAAUCAAAACCAGAAUCACAUAAACCGGUAUCAUUUCGCUCUCCAAGGCGUAUUUUUUAUGCAUCAAAUGAAAGAUUAAAUUUUAGCGCAGAAAUGAUUGCACCAAAUGCGCCAUCAAUGGCGAAAGCAGAAUCUGAAAAUGAUGCAAAUAAAAUCACCAUUUUCUUAUCCGAUAAGCAUGGAUUAAAUGUAGUUUAUUAA